GAUGCUACUAGGUAUUUCGGCGAUAAUAGUACAACUAGAACUCAUGGUUUGAACUGAAAUUAGUAUUUAUAUUAAUUCAAGUAGUGGUACAAUAAGUUCUAGCUUGAUUGUAUUCUGUACGAAUAUUAUUAAAUUUUAUUAAAGGACAUGGCUUCACGUUCCAUUCAUCGAAUAUUUGUUGGAAACCUUCCUUGGACAGUCAGCAGACGUGAACUUAAAGAAUAUUUCUCCCAGUUUGGAUACGUAGCUUCAGCUCUUGUCAUUUUUAAUAAAGAUACAGGAAUGUCCCGUGGUUAUGGGUUUGUUAACUUUGCCAAGAGAGAGGGCUAUAUUAGUGCCACAAAGCAGGAUGGCCAUGUAUUAGAGGGCUCUGUGAUUCGGGUUCAACCUACCAACAACUCGUGAUCUUAAAGAGAGAAAAAAAAGUCCAGUCUACAUGUAAUGUUGGCUAGAAAUAAACUGAAGCUGUUUGUAUCACAUUUUUUAACACAUGAUAAAUACCAAACUAGUGUUCUUUUAGUGUUUAAAGCCAGAAUAAGAUGACAUUUCCUGUUACGUUUAGCUAAAGAAAAUUUUCAUUUUAAGAUAUCUUAAAGUAGCUAAAUAUUCUGAGAGUGUAGAAUUAGAAAGUGUUAUUCAUUCAGGUUACAUGUGCAUGUUUGUCUGUACUGUUGUGAAUAUCUAACACUGCGCAGCUAGCAGUUUAUAUAGUGUUCAUUUGAUUUUCUGUCUGUUUUGUUCUUUUUCAACAUUUUAAAAAACAUGGACACGUACAAUUUUAAUUGAAUUAAUGCUGCUGUGUGUGUGUGAAGCAGAGUCCUAAAUUGUUAUUUAAAGAACUGACGAGUUCUUAUCAAAACUGUUUAACACAAAAGUAACUGUAAAGUUUUUGUUACUUCAGAUGUUCAUCUUUUCAUGCUGGAUGAUAACAAUGGAAUUCUAGUGUCAAUAAAAACAAUUCAUAGAGAA